UCAGCGGUGCCGCACCCUCUCUUCAGGCGCUCGGGGAUUAGCCAACCCAGGUGAAGGACAACACGACAGUCAGUCACUCAAAACUUCACAAAGGGACUUUGGUACUGCCAGUUUUGUCGGUGGCCAGGUGUGACCUUUUUUUGUUUUAUUAAAGGAACCGGGAGAUUUUGGAAAGUGGAUAAGUUAUGCAGCCGUAUGAAAAGAGGAAAUAAUUCAAAGGAAUCCACAUGAAGAUCACAUCCUCCUUCCAAAUGCUUUAGAUUGGACGAUCUCCCUGUCUAACAAACCUCAAUGUCUCCACCUACUCCCCAUAAAUCAGCUCCUUUAUAACUUCACCAACUGACCCAAACAGUUUCCUCCCCUUGACCAACCCUUAAACCCUGCCCCUUUCUGAAUUCCACCCCCUUCCUGCUCAUUGGCCAAAACCGUCAACAGAAACAACAGCAGCAAGAAAACCAUGGAUACAGAAGACGAUGACCAGCCCGGCUGCUACUACAACAAGUCGGUGGAGUUCUUCUACAGCAAAAGUGGCAAGAACAUCAGCUCGUUCUGGCGCAAGCGAGACUAUGUGGUCGUCACGCUGGGCAUGGGCGUGUGCAUCAUAGUCAUCCUCGCCAACAUCCUGGUCAUGACGGCCAUCUUCAUCAACCGGCGGUUCCACUUCCCCAUCUACUACCUGCUGGGGAACCUGGCCGCCGCUGACCUGUUUGCUGGAACCUCCUACCUCUUCCUCAUGUUCCACACCGGGCCCUGGACCAUCCACCUCACCAAACAAAGGUGGUUCAUAAGACAGGGUCUAAUCGACACCAGCCUGACGGCGUCGGUCAUCAACCUGCUCGCCAUCGCGGUGGAGCGCCACCAGACCAUCUUCACCAUGCAGCUCCACAGCACCAUGACCAACCGGCGCGUGGUGCUGCUGAUCCUAGGCAUCUGGUCGGUGGCCAUCGUCAUGGGCCUGGUGCCCAUGGGCUGGCACUGCCUGUGCGACCUGGACGGUUGCUCCACCAUGGCGCCCAUGUACAGCCGCAGUUACCUGAUCUUCUGGGCCGUGCUGAACCUGCUGACCUUCUCGAUCAUGGUGGCCGUGUACACUCGCAUCUUCCUGUACGUGCGGCACAAGAGCCACCGCAUGUCGCAGCACACGACACAGGCCAAGCACAAGGAGACUGUAGAGAACCUGAUGAAGACAGUCACCAUGAUCUUAGGUGCGUUUGUGAUCUGCUGGACGCCAGGGCUGGUGGUGCUGUUGCUGGACGGGCUGGACUGCACGAAUUGCCACGUGCUGAGCUACGAGAAGUACUUCCUGAUCCUCGCUGAGUGCAACUCGCUCGUCAACCCAAUCAUCUACUCCUACCGCGACAAGGACAUGCGCCGCACCUUCCGCAAGAUCCUCUGCUACCUGUGUCCAGCCCGGUGUAAGCAGGUGGCGGGUGGCAGUGACGGAGAUGCCUCGGCCGUGCGCUUCAACACGCUGGAGCAGGAGUCGAGCAGAACGAGGAUUUCUUCCCAGAUUCGGCCUGUGAAGAAGGAAACAAACGGAACCCAGCUGGAACUCAGCCAAGGUGACCACCUGCUGACCUCCUCGGAAAGCUAAGCUAACCGUGCCGAGGACGACAUGCUAAGCUAACCGUGCGGAGGACGACAUGGACAAAAAAAAAAUCAGAGCGGACAAAGGGAAGGAAGAGGCACGAGUGACUGACCCACACAAGCGCACUGGACUCCCGGGUCGGGGCUUGGGUUG